GCUGCAGAGUUAGAGAGAGAGCAAAAGUACUGGAGUGCACGUUCUGGGAGUUCCUCUGUGACUCUGUCUCUCUGUCCAUCAUAUAUAGCUAGACAGAUGGGGAGGAGUCCUUGUUGUGCAAAGGAGGGGUUAAAUAGAGGAGCAUGGACAGCUAUGGAGGACAGAACUCUUACAGAGUAUAUAACAACUCAUGGUGAAGGCAAAUGGAGAAACCUUCCCAAAAGAGCAGGGCUUAAGAGAUGUGGAAAGAGUUGCAGGCUGCGAUGGUUGAACUAUCUAAGACCUGAUAUCAAGAGAGGAAACAUCACUCGGGAUGAAGAAGAGCUCAUUAUCCGGCUUCAUAAGCUCUUGGGAAACAGAUGGUCUUUGAUAGCGGGUAGGCUUCCUGGCCGAACAGACAAUGAAAUCAAGAAUUACUGGAACACAAACAUUGGCAAGAAAGUUCAAGAUCACUCAUCCACUAAUUCUGAAGCCAAUAUUACUCACCACAAACCACCAAAUCAUCAAACCCAGAAGAAGAACACAAACGUCGUCCGCACCAAGGCAUCAAGGUGCACCAAAGUGUUCAUGCCACACCAGCAGUCACAAAUAGAUAAGAAAGGGACUUGUAAUAAUCCUACUGCUGAUCAACAAGGUGCUGCACCUUUCUUGAACCAUGAUUAUUAUGAUCCCGUCAACUAUAAUGAUGAUCCAGCGCUGAGAAUGAUGGGGAUCACUGACACUCAUCACCAAGAAUCUGAUGAUUUUUCCCCAUUACUUAACCUGGAGAUUGAUAAUGAAAACAGUAAUUCUUGCGGGUUUAUGGUAGAUUUUAAGAUGGAUGAGAGCUUCCUUUCGGAGUUUCUCAACGUCGAUUUUUCUGAGCUCUACAGCAGCAGUACUAGUACUGCUAAUGGAGGAGAUGGUGUUAAAGCUGCUAUUAGUACCACUUGUGGAGACGACGACCACCAUGAGCAGCAUGGCCCAGAUUUCCGAUCAUCCAUGGCUCCUAUCAUCGACUCUGAGCUGGACUGGCUCUCAUGAUGGUAGAUAUACUUAGAGCUUAGUAUAUCUA